GAAUAGGGAGAUAAAAAAGACCCAAUAAGGAGAUAAAAAGACAGAAUAAGGAGAUAAAGACACUUCAAAAGGAGAUAAAAAGACAGAAUAAGGAGAUACAAAGACGGAAUGAGGAGAUAAAAAGACGGAAUAAGGAGAUAAAAAGACGGAAUAAGGAGAUAAAAAGACAUUUCAUAAGGAGAUCAAAAGACAUUUCUGUCUAUCAGUAACAACCUCAACUUUGACGACACGCCGCUUGGUGUGGAAGGAAGCAGGGACAAGCGGUAGGGAUGGAUGGAUGGAAGUGGGCGGAGAAAGCUGCGUUUUACUUAGUGUCCGUGAAGGCAGCACAGUUCCCAAGGAGAAAGCCGCAAAGAAAGAGCUAGGUGGUGUGUUCUUGUUCACGUCGUCAUCCUCACAGGUGGUGUGUUCUUGUUCACGUCGUCAUCCUCACAGGUGGUGUGUUCUUGUUCACGUCGUCAUCCUCACAGGUGGUGUGUUCUUGUUCACGUCGUCAUCCUCACAGGUGGUGUGUUCUUGUUCACGUCGUCAUCCUCACAGGUGGUGUGUUCUUGUUCACGUCGUCAUCCUCACAGGUGGUGUGUUCUUGUUCACGUCGUCAUCCUCACAGGUGGUGUGUUCUUGUUCACGUCGUCAUCCUCACAGGUGGUGUGUUCUUGUUCACGUCGUCAUCCUCACAGGUGGUGUGUUCUUGUUCACGUCGUCAUCCUCACAGGUGGUGUGUUCUUGUUCACGUCGUCAUCCUCACGUCCACUUUACAAGAUACUUCUUCUGCCACGCAAGUGUGGACACGACGAGGGUCUGGCACCGGAACACCGGAACACCGAGCCGAGCACGGCCGGAACUGGACCCGCGGAACUGGAACACAACCUGCUCCCGGAGAUCACGUGACUGAGCUGAUGGACAACUACUAAGUCCGUCCUCACGGCCCAGAGGAGCUGAGGAGGACACGUGGAGAGACUUGGGCGGCAGCUGACUGUGAGGGACCCUCUCCAAGGCCUUGCCAGACAUGAGGUCUCCACCAUGUGACUGCCCUCUGUCACUGCUCCAUCCACCAGUGUCCCCUGUCUGGUCAUAGACAUGGAACCCUGCAUCACCAACCUGCCCUCGGCCCCUGACCACCUGUCCACUUUCCCCAGUCCCAUGGUCCUCCACCGUAAUGGUCUUCAGGGGCCUGCGUUCCCGCUUAUGGCCAGGUGUAACAGCAGCACCCUGCUUACCAACUUGGGUUUGAGGCACUGCUCUGGACGGCAUGGCCCCCCAGAAAUGGUGCUGGAACAGGGACUGUCUCCAGACUGCUGCCUCCAAGCAGGAAGCAGCAGACUGUACAGGAGCAUGGAGAACCUCAACUGGAACUCUGUAUCCAAUUCAAGUUUGGGCUCAUCCAAUGCUACCACUUACAGAAGUGUGGACAGUGAGUUCAUUUUACGCUACACCUCCGAGAGUCACUGGUAUGAUGGGCCUCCAGAUGGAUCCAUGGUGGGAGGCCAGGGACUUGGGUCCAACCCAGAGAGCCUGGCCUAUUACCCUCAAACUGGACUCCCAAGGAAGGAUACACCCCUCAUCCCCCAGUUACUUUUCCCUGGAGGUGUUGAUGAAUGGGAUGCAAGGAAAGGCCUGAGGGUAAAGCUCCGCCUCCAGAGUGCCAGAUCUGGGGUAGAGCCUCUGAAGUCUCUCCCUUUGCGACCUCAUUUGUACACAGAUGAUAGAGAGGGGGGGCAUCAGAAUUCAAUACAACCGUUGUGCGGAAUACGGCUAACCUGCCCCCAGGACAUCAAGCAGGAAGUCCUGAGGCGACUUCAACUGCGCCGGCAGAACAGCAGCCCGAACUUGGCGGUCCAUAGCACCCUGCACAGCUCUAAAGGGUUUCAGUCAUCCUACACAACAGACAACCUUUCAGGCAACAAGAACAAACCUCAUUCUAUAUCCGAAUUCCAAAAAGGGCCUGUUGGCCGUCUAUACAUCCCAACAUUUGAGGAGUUUAAGAGGAUGAGACAGAAGGGGAGGGAGAGGACCCGUGAGUCCACAGCAGUUCCUGUGGUACAAGACAAUCUACCUCCUUCUGAGGACACCGGUCCUCCACAGAGGGGGGGCUUGGAGGCAGACAAGAGUACUGGAAGAACAAGCUCUCCGGUCUGCACAAGCCCCUCACCACGUUCGCCUUUAAAGCCCCAGACUAGCACAACCCUGCGAAGAUCUGUGCCGACGGGCCAAGAGGACGACAGCAACAGACGGCGCAGGAGGUGCAGUCUGGAACCGACCGGGUCAAUUCCUUUCCCUCUCAGCAGGCAAAACUUGGAACGACCCUCCAGCUGUUGCCCAGCGCUCCUUACGGAGGCCACGGACCUGUCCAGCUACGGAGCCAAGAUCUACAAGAUGAAGGAUGGCCUCAUUGGAUCAGCGCUGGACCUCAUCAAAAAGAGCUGCAGUGCAGAGAUCUCCUCCGAGGCCCCCGUCAGGCUGUCAGCUGACCCCCACGCCGGCCCCCAGCCCCCCGCCGUUGCCAUGGCAACCACGCCGACCACGGCCCGCGGAGGAGUGGAGGUUGGCGAGGAGACGGCAGCGGGAGAAGAGGAGGCAGAAUGUACCACGGCGCGAGGCUGCAGGCGCUCCAGCUCGGACGCCGCCUAUGAGCUGUCACCGACUCUGAAGGCGCAGCGCGAGUGUCGUCUCCGGCCGCACUACAGCGACCCCAUGCCCGCCGACGCCUCCAAGCGCAAGCAGCUGGAGAUGAAGAUCGCUGCCUCCGCCCACAACCAUCGGCGAGAACGAGACAGCGCUCCAGCAGCCCUUCGUGGCCACUCAGAGCCGCCAGGUGAGGAGCGGCAGGUGGGGCUGGGCCUGACCCGGACCAGGCAGCAUCGCUGGAGCACCAUCAGCAGCCUGAGCGCAGACAGCGGCGUCGUGGGCCUCAGCGACGAGCGCGAGGAAGAGGACAGCCAGCCCCGACGUCAGCGGCGCAGUCGCGGGGCGGAGGUGGAGCGAGUGGACAGUGGCAUCGGCCCCGGCUUGUCUCGCAGCUGGAAAAGACCCUCUGCCUCGCUCCGGAACUGGGACGCGCACAGACCUUGCCUGGACUGUGGCCGGAGGGACGAGGCCGGCAAGGAGCGCUGCUGCGAGCGUUGCUGCAAGCUGCGCACCGAGCGCAAGGAGGCCCUUUUGGAGUUCCUGAAUACGGAGAGCAGCUACGGCGAGGACCUGCGCAUCAUCAAGGAGGAGUUCUUCUGCCCCAUGCAGAGCGCCGGUCUGCUGACAGCUGAGCAGCUGACGGUGGUCUUUGCUAAUGUCCAGGAGCUGAUAGACGUCAACGACCGCUUCACAGAGCACCUUCAGGACAGCAUCGACCAGGCUCUGGACCAGGGAGACGAGGAUCUGCUGACAGUGUCCAUCGGAGAGAUCUUUCUGGAGUUUGUCAACAUGCUGCCGGCCUUUCAGACAUACUGCCUGCAGCAGUCCACCUCGGUCAACAUGCUCAACGCACUGGAGAAGGAGAAAGAACUGCUCAGGAUCUUCCUGGAUGUUUCCCAGAAUGACAACACGGCACUGCGUAGAAUGAACCUGCGCUCCUUCCUCAUGGCACCCCUUCAACGGGUCACUAAGUACCCGCUUCUGCUGAGCCGAAUCAUCAAGGUCACUCCCGAAAACCACCCGGAAUUUGCACGUCUGCGCGAGGCCAAGAGUCGCGUGGAGUCCCACCUGGAGCACAUUAACAUGAAAACCAAGCAGGAGGGCAACGGGGUCUCCUGGUCGCUCCGCUCGUUCCGCCGCGACAGUCGCAAGAACCGGGAGGUGAUCAACAUCGAAAUGCGGGAGGUGUCGAUGAAGACAGUGGGCUGGGCGAGGGAGAACACCCGCUUUGUCAUGGAGGGGCCGAUCCAGCUAUCCCAACCGGCAGACGGCCAGUGGGUGAAGAAGGGCACCAAGGCUCUCAAGUUCCAGAAUGUCCAGAGUCUGCUGAUGGUGAGGACUGUGGAAGGUCAGGGACAGAGCGCUGAGCUGGAAGAGGGUGGCGGAGAGAGUAUCCAAGACGGAGUCCUGGUUCUAAUCAAAGACAAGAGCAGCGGGAAAUUUGCCGUGUUGAGGGAGCCCAUCCAUCUGGGGAACUGUGUGGUGUCCAUGGACCCGGAAUGCGAUGACACCUUUGAGGUGCUCGACAUUAGGCGAGAGUCCUUUGUUUUCCGCGCCUCAGACAAGUCUCGUACUCAGCACUGGUUCCAUCAGAUAAAGCGAUAUGCCCGAGACUUGGGAACGUGGAGGAAAAGACGCAACGCUUUGCCCAACAUCAUGAUCAGUACCAACCAGAGUCGUUCAUGAGACUGCCUUCCUUCUCUCCUUGAUAAAUAGCUCCAAACUGCAGAGCUGCACUUUGGAGCGUCACCAUGCUGCUGCUUCUCUCAAGUCCAGUAAAGUCUCUCAUCGACUUGAAGAGAAUAUCCAUCCAUCCAUUUGCUUCCACUUAUCCGAGGUCGGGUCGCGGGGGCAGCAGCCUAAGCAGAGAAGCCCAGACUUCCCUCUCCCCAGACACUUCGUCCAGCUCCUCCAGGGGAUCCCGAGGUGUUCCCAGGCCAGCCAGGAGACAUAAUCUUCCCAACGUGUCCUGGGUCUUCCCCGUGGCCUCCUACUGGUCGGACGUGCCCUAAACACCUCCCCAGGGAGGCGUCCGGGGGGCAUCCUGACCAGAUGCCCGAACCACCUCAUCUGGCUCCUCUCCCUGUGGAGGAGCAGCAGCUUUACUCUGAGCUCCUUCAGGAUGACAGAGCUUCUCACCCUAUCUCUAAGGGAGAGACCCGCCACCCGGCGGAGGAAACUCAUUUGGGCCGCUUGUACCCGUGAUCUUGUCCUUUCGGUCAUAACCCAAAGCUCAUGACCAUAGGUGAGGAUGGGAACGUAGAUCGACCGGUAAAUUGAGAGCUUUGCCUUCCGGCUCAGCUCCUUCUUCACCACAACGGAUCGAUACAGCGCUUGCAUCACUUAAGACGCUGCACCGAUCCGCCUGUCCAUCUCACCAUCUACUCUUCCCUCACUCGUGAACAAGACUCCCAGGUACUUGAACUCUUCCACUUGGGGCAAGAUCUCCUCCCCUACCUGAUGACACACCACCCUUUUCCAGGCGAGAACCAUGGACUCGGACUUGGAGGUGCUGAUUCUCAUCCCAGUCGCUUCACACGCGGCUGCGAACUGAAGAGAAUAGCACUUUUUUAACAAAUCUGCGGCUGAUCCACACGGUCAUUAAAUCACUUGUGAAGACUUAGUUUAAAAAAAAAAAAAAAAAGAUCAAAUACUUGGACGACCAAAAAAACUGGGCUGUGUGCCAGCCAUGAUUGUAAAGACUGUUUGUCCUUCAUGAAGAAGAGCUGUAUUUUCAGUACUCGUGUGACUUCUGGGAAGCAUGACUGAACCUUGGUUUUUUUUACCAGACUGUGAAGGAGAUAACUGUGGAGUUUACAGACGGAGACGUUUGUGCUUGUCACCCCUUCCCGUGUACAUGCUGCCACCUGGUGGCUGAGCAACGUGGUAGCGCCCCUGAGACAGACUUGAAUGAAAACACUGUGCUGAAACAAGAUCUCACCCUACAGCAAUAACCUGUCAGUUCCAAUACGUUCCCCAAGAUUCACUUUGUUGUCCUCCCAAACCGGUCUGUGUUCUGUGGAGUGUAAACAACGCUGGGUCAAGUCAUGUUUCAUUUUGUUGUUCAGACGUUUUUCAACCUUAGUCUCCAUUCAAUUUCAUCUCUGAUAUCAUCUACCGUUUGUCUAAUCGACCAUAGAAUUAGAUGACGCAGAUGGUGACCGUGGUCCUUGUUAGUCAGUGACAUGGUAUCAUCUUAUCCCCCCCCAAUUCAAUGUAUGCUCUUAUCUAGUCAGAGUCAGAGUGCAGCCUCAAGAAUCUCUCUGACCAACCGUAUGCUCCUUAUUCACAGACUACAAGUAGUAACAGAGCCAUCAGUUUCAAAUUAACCUUUUUCUGCCCCUUUGUGACCAGUUAGUUUGGUCAAAGCUGAACACAGUCUUAGAACUCAGGUGCAGACCAAACCAACCUGGGCACACACUGUGCCGAUUGAAACCGUUUCACCCUCAAUCUUACUUGGCCUACUCACGUUUGAUUGUCUAGACCGACUGUGUGAGACCCUCCAAUCCGCUUUGAAAGAAUGCCUCUGGAUUUGGUAAACACAGUAGUAGAACUCAGGUGCAGACCAAACCAACCAGUCCAUGGUCUCAGUAUGGCUCCAACCGAAUCAGCCCAAACUGAGGAAAAUUAAACCCGUUUCAAAUCUACUCACUUUUGGCUGGAUUUCGCGUCAUUUGUUAUCCGGUUUGGAGGAAGGAACAAGGACGUUAUAUGACAGCCUUUUCUGGCUUAGGACUUUAUGUCAAGUCCAGACAAGUUUUCUAAUCAAAUAAUAUUAGUUUCUGCUGUUAACGUUAGCAAUGGACUAGAGUUGUACGGCAUACUGGAACUAGUAUAGUAUCGUGGUACUAAUGAAUCAAAGACGGUACAAUACUCUGUUUGAAAAGUACCAGUUCCCAAUUAUUAUUUUUAUUAAUAACGGGCAUGUCGGCACGUCGUCACGUCAUGACAUUGCUGGUUUUACGAGCAGAGGAGCAUGUUGGGCAGCGCACACACACAGAGUACUUACAAGCAGACACAGUGUGUAAACAGAAAAGGGAGAAUGGAAACAUUUUGGUGUAAAAAGUAAAGAUAAAGGUGAAGUUAUAACACUGAAACACCCUCAGGAAGAGCUGCUUUACGACUUGGCUAGCUAGCUAGCGGAUAAUGUCCAUCCACAGUGUUUUAGCUACUUCUAAAUCCCUAAUCCUGGCCUCCAUGGCAACAAAUAAAGUGAGUUUCUUACAAGUAUCAUUAUCACUGCAGGAUGAGGAAUAGCUAAACAUGCACACCGUAGGAGGAUACAAUAGCUCACCGGCGUCACAAUGUAAACAAACGCCAUGGGUGGAUCUACACCUCACAUCCACUGUAAUGAUACCAAGUACAAGAGCGUAUCUAGUCGAUACCACUAUGAUUACAUCAAUAUUUUUUAUCAUCACAAAAUCUUUUUUUCUGUUUUUAAAAUUCAUAUUGUGUUUAUAAAGUCAGUAAAUAUGUCCCUGGACACAUGAGGACUUUGAAUAUGACCAAUGUAUGAUCCUGUAACUACUUGGUAUCACAUCCAUACCUAAAUGUGUGGUAUCACCCUAAACUAAUGUCAAGUAUCAAAGAAGAGAAGAAUAAGUGAUUAUUACAUUUGAACAGAAGUGUAGAUAGAACAUGUUGAAACAGAAAAUAAGCAGAUAUUAACAGUAAAUGAACAAGUAGAUGAAUAAUCAUUUUUUACAGUUUGUCCCUCAUAAAGUACACAAAAUAAUAAGUGUAUAAAUGACACAAUAUGUUACGUCAGCAGACUAAUUAGGAGUCUUUGUUUGUUUACUUACUACUAAAAGACAAGUUGUUUUAUUUAAGGACAAUAAUAAACAUGUUUCAUGCACCCUAAGAUGUUUUGUUAAAAUAAAGACAAUAAUGACAUUUUUUAUUGGUCCCCUUUAUUUAGAAAAGUAUGUAAAUACAUUUUGGUAGCAGUAGCAAAAUAUUGUUAUGGGGACAAGCAGGACGACACUAAAGCCUUACAUGAGUUCCAUCUUAUUAGUGUGUGGUCAGGUUGACAAAGUCUGUUCCCUACAAGUCUUGACUGGGUCCUAAGUCCUCGGCUCUCCUUUCAAACCUCAAGCACAUUGUGACGGGCCAGACCGUGUUCUGACAGACAACAUUCAUUCCACGAUAGCUUUAUUUGGUUUCUUGCACUUUAUUGAACGCUGCAGCUGAGAGAGUUUACAUGAUUGCAUGGAACAUCCGGUCCAAGUGUUGUGUGGAUCACACCAACACAACACUACUGUGCGCUUCGGAUUUGUCAUCUACCAUGUCCACUAAGACCCAAUGUAAUAUAUUGUGAGUCAUUAAAACAUUGUA